UGACCAAAACAAAGCUUCUUUUCAGUAAUAAAUUGCUACUUAAAACUCACUCAUGCGAUAUAAUCAGGAGAUAGCCGAUUAACCAUAUUCGGAUGAAAUAAACCAAAAGAUAUUAUAGAUAUAGAAUUUGUGGUUUGAAAAGGCCAUUCAUAAGUAUUGCGAUCAAGUGCCAAUGAAUAAUAGAUGAACUUCAGCACAAUAUGUAAUGUCGGUGUAGCGUUUGAGAGGUGGGAUUGACAAUAAGAUCCCCAGGUACGCAAACGACAGAUUCUGAGGAUCUCUUGACAUGGCCCCUUUGCUUAAUAGUUAUAGUUUGAUAAUUAAUCUGGGCUGUUUGCACAAUAUGAAUUUCUAAGAAAUAAUCAACAAACAUACAAAAUGUUGGAGUCUUUGCAGCAAAAAGAUCCUCCAUCAGAAUUUGAUGAUGUUGCAGAGAAGAAUAGAAAAAAUCAAAGUCAUGGGUUGAAUCGAGUAGACAGAUUAAGCCAUGUUGAGGAUUAUACUGCUGCUCAGGAAGAGUGGGAUAAUGUCCAAACCGUAGAACCCAUUCUAAAAUCCCCCCAGAAGGAAGACUUGCCAAUCAGCCCCAAAAAGUAUAUUGAUGGUACCUCAUCUUCACCAGCAAAGUCACCACCAACUUCACCUCCUCCCCUACCUCCAAAUAUCAGAGUAACACCUCACACAGAUUUUGAUGAAGUUUGGGAUUUCUUCACACGGCAGGACAUGAGUCAUGUCAUGGGGUCUAUUAAACCAACUUUAGAAAGGAGAGGAGUUAAUGGUUUAUUGCGUUCUAUUUUUGGACCUAAGAAAUUAAAAGCAGAGUUAAUUGAUGAGAGGAACUUAUUGUUUGCAAUAGCCCAGUGCCAGUUUGAUAACAGUGAGCCAAUUCAUCUCCAGAUUUUACAGACUGUUUACAAAGUUCUCACAUCCACAAAGGUUGACUGUCCUCGUUUUGGGAAUCACUGGGAUGUGAUAGGAUUUCAGGGUGUUGAUCCAGCCACCGACCUACGUGGUGUUGGAUUAUUGGGUCUGGUUCAGGCCUUACAUCUGCUCACACAUGAAGCCUUGUUACCUCUAGCUCGAGAUAUAUAUCGACUAAGCCACGAUCAACAUUCACAAUUCCCUCUAAUGGUGCUCUCUAUCAAUGUAACCAGAAUUUCAUUGCAAACUCUCAGAGAAGGAUAUCUGAAUAAGGAAUGUAAUUGUCGUAGUAAUGUGAGGCACGUACUCAACGAAUUUUAUGCAGCUGUGAUGUUUUAUAUAUACUGGAUCUGGAAAACAGAGUGCAAGACAAUAAAAGAUUCAGGUUUUCUGAUAAAAGAUGCAGAGGCAUACUGCAAGCGGAAUGUAAAGACUGUGAUGCAGAAGCUACAACUUCACCUGCGGAAAUACUCCCAACAGGAAGAGGGAGAGAUGCUGUGAGUAGCAAUAGACAAAUGAUAAGUUAGCUCAUAUUUGAACGAUCUCAUAGGUAAGCAAAUUUGUAGUCCAGGGCUUUUAUGUGUAAGGAUAAUGUGAUGUGUUUUACAUAAUCUGAGAACAAUUUAUUCAAAAGACAAAAGGCUUAAAGAUGUUGUUAUUUAGGGAUAUUAUCAAGUGUUGUUUAAACACCUAUAUAGUGUAAUUGGUUGUGAUAGUAAAAUGAAAGAUAACAGGGACAAUUAUAUCAAGGAUUGUGUCUGGGGUUCACUAUAUUUUUUUAAAACAAAUUAGGCACAGUGAUAUAUUUAAACUAUAUAUAGGUACAGUAUGUGGUCACUGAAAAAUUGGUAUGGGAAGGAAUACAGACCUUAUGAGUUAACCUUUUCGUUACUCAGCAUAUCGUCAAUAAAUUUUGUUACAAUAUUAAAUGUCCAGUGUUGUAUUCUAAUGGGAAUGUGUCGUAUAUUCUGUAGGUUAGUGUAAGCUUUUUUAAAUGUAGCAUAAAUUAUGUAGUUUUGCACAGCAUUUCUACAAAGAGUUUUGCUUGAGUGAUACCUGUUACUGGAGAGGAAUGAUUACAGUCAACUUGUGAUUUUUCAAAAUGUGAUAUAAAGAGAAGAGUAUGUUGCUUCUUGUGUCAUGAAUGAUUAGUGAUAUACAAUAUCAUGUUAAACUUAUGAUAUACAGAUCUUUUAGGAGUUGUUAAGUAUUUGUUGUGGGCAUACAAUCAUUUUAAUGCAUAAACCUUGAUUGAACAAAUAAUUAUUGUUCAAUUAUAUCCAGUCAACAAGUGUGUGUUGUAUGUUGUCUUGAUAAUGGACCCUUAUCUCAUUUGGUGUACGUAUACAGUGCUGUAAUAUAUGUGCACAAAUUUUCACUUGUCUAUAUACAGACACACACACUGUAUUGAUAUCUAUUAAUACACAUGUCAUUGUACUGUGCAUUAAAUCUUACAAAACUUCUUCAAGCAAUGUGUGGAAAUACCAUACUGCUGUAUUGGACCAUACUAUGUUCUCUGGCAAUACUUGAAUUGAACUUCAUUUAGCUAAAUAAAUGCAUUUGGACUACCUCUUGAUAUAGAGAGGUAUAUUUUCAUUACAUAAGUAAAGAGAGCAUUUUGUACCCAACACUGUAGCAAAGAUGUAGCUACUGAUUAUCCUAUCAUUUUUUCAGUAGUUUUGUACACAUUCUUUUGGUAAACUUAUUCAUAAUUUCUCAUGAGAAGAUCUAAUUUCUCUUCAACCAUUUCAUAAAUUUUUUUUUUUUGUUUGUUUACUCAGAAAAUCAGUAAAACAAAAUUUUUAUUCUAUUCAGCAGUUACAAAUUAUUGGGAACAAGAUUCAUACAUGUAACCAGAUGAUCUGCUUACCCUUCUCAUAUAAAUUAAGUAGUAUUUUUAAAUGGUUUUUUGUUUGUUUCUGGACAAAACAUUUUGAAAAUUUAUUGAUAUUACAAUAAGUCCAGAAUGUUUCAUAUCUUAAAGCAUCCAAUUUAAAGUUUUCUUGUGGUUGUAAGCAGAUAUAUAAAGGUGAUUCCAUAAUAAUCUUUCAGAGUUUUUUCACUCACACACACAAAACUAGCAUUGCCUGGAAAAACUUUGUAAUUGUUGUCACAGUUUCUUAACAGUUUCAUGGUUUGAAUGAUGUUUCUUGAAACUGUCCAUAAUAAAUACCGUACUAAAGAUGUGUGUAUGUCUGUAUAUUCAAAUAGUGAAUGUAUGAAAUAUAUGUAGAAUACACCUGCACUAAAAUAUUUGCUUGCAUUUAUAUGUUAUUUAUAUUACAUGCAUUCAUAUAAAGUGUUGUGUGUAAAUAUGUAUACUCAUACAGUAAAUGAGUUUGAAUUGUACUGUAUAUUUUAUGAUACUCUCAUUUUACCCGAGUGUGUAAUAAGAUGACACAUUCACCCACAAUUUGUUGUGUACAGAAUUUACACAAUAUAUUGGAUGGAUAACCCAGAAAAGGAACUAAGUGUUAAUGUAAUUUGGAAAAGACAGAUCAGACUGUAACUUAAAUAGGUUCUGUGAAUAUAUUUUAUUUCUGGUUGUUCAGAAGAAUAAUUAGAGAAAUGGAUAUACAGUACAACUUUAUACUUUUUUCUCUUAAUGUACAACUGGUCAUGAUGGCCUCUACUUAAUUAUGUGUCCUAUGUUAGUGCAAAAAUAGUCUAUUUUUUGUAUAGUGAAAAUAUCAUAUCUUCUGUUUUUAAUCUUUUAUGUAUUUGUCCAUGUGGUACAGAUCUUAUUAGCCUAAGCCCACCAACUUGACCAUAACUUUCAAUGUGAUCUAGUUUGAUUUCACUGCUCUCACGUCAAUUAAAAUUCAAGUUUGAGAACUUUCUUUUUCGUGAAAACUAUAGUGUUCAGACUCAUUUAUUCAAGUCUGAGACCCAUGGUGAAAAUGGUAAUACAUUUUUAUUUUACCAAUUUGAAGCUACUGAAAUUAGCUUUUCAGUUCCAAAAAGAAAAUAUUUGCUGCUCAAAUUGUUAUUGGGCUGGCUAAAGAGAUCUCAGAAACUUAACUGACAGAGGUGUGAUGAACCUCCAGAUAGUACUUAAGAGUUGUGUUUUUGUAUGAAAAACACACAUAUAUUGGUGUUGCUGAUUCUUAGCCUCAUUUAUUUGCAACAGUAUUGUCACUGGCAUUAUGAAGUUGGAAGUGCAAUCCAGGAUUUCCUGUGAUCUAAUAGAGAUAGACCCUGACUAAUAAUUAAGGUAUGUUUUGUAGCCAGCAAAUAUGUGAUGUGACCUUAGCUGGAGGACCACAUAUAAUAGUGUAAUAGCUUCUAUUGACCUGUUUUCUGUUUAUAUUCCACUGCAUAUGGUAAAUUAUUUUUUUAUAUGUAUUGUUUGAAGUGUGCUUAAGUUCAGUGACUUGGGUACAUUUAAUUUGUAAAGCUGAUAUUUACAUUUUUAUUUAUAUUUUUGUUGAUUAUAAGUGCAGAUGGUAGAGUUUCAUAGAUCAGGGGACUUUGUAUCUGUAUUAUAGAUGACAGGUAUAUUCCUGUGAUGCCAAUACUGUAACUUAUAACUGUAUUUCGUGAUUUUUUUGGAGGGGGGGAGGCUAUUUAAAGUUACUUCUUGCAUUUAUGUGCGUAUGGAAUUUUCUUACUUUAAUACCAAAAGUUUAGUGAAAUCUGACUAAGUCACCCUUGUGGAAUGUUAACAAAAUGUUAUAACAAUUUUCAUUUUACGUACUGGAAAGAUCCUUUGGGAUUUAGUGGGGCAUGAUACCCUGAAGUUGAUUGUAUAGAGCACAACAAAUAACCAUUACUUUUAAAAAGAAAAUCAGAUCCUGGGACCAGGUGUAUGUAUAUAAAGAAAUGAAAUAGCUCAUUUGAAAUAGUGCAAUACACGUAGUUUUGAAGUACUUGGAUGUUACAGUGAAUCAUUACUUGUAAGGAACUGGGCAUAAUGGCAGCAUUGCACUUAAUUAGCAUUUAGGCAAUUGUAGUAAAGUGAUGGCAUUUACUGGUAUUCAGUGGAUUUAGGUUCUUGCCGAAUUAUUCAAUAAACUUGAAGCUGAAGGCCAUGUAAUUUUUUUAGACAGGUGUCAGCAUGUAUUGAGGCAAGUAGGGAUUUGAUGAAAAUAAGCAUUCUGAGUUAGGUUGUCCCCUCACACAUGAGCAGUUUUUCAAAGACAGUUUUGGGAGUGAUCAAAUGCUCUUGGUUGUUUUAUAAUGUAAUUUGUGAACAGUCAUUGCAGGAGUAUAUAUCAUUUACAAGGAAAUUAUUGUAAAGUUUUUUUUUUUUUAUUUGAAAGCUGCCUUUAUAUUUUAUUUUAAAACCCCUGUUCAUAUCAUGAUAGUUGCCUCUGCUGCAAUUAUGACUCGCUUUGUAGUGUUUAGAGUGUGUCCAUAAAUGUUAUUUGAAAUCUGUUAAAGAGAAAUGAACUUGGAAUUAAUAUGUGACUAAGAUUUAAAUACAAAUAGUGAUAUGAAAUGAGGUCACUGUAAGGCAUUUAAAAAUGUCUUCUCUAUUGCAUUAUUGCAUAGUUUUUAUUACAUCAGUGUAAAAGUGAAUUGCAAGGAAAUUAUUCUACCUGCUAGUGACAUCUGUUCAUGUCUGAUUAAAACAAAAUUUCUCCAAGAUUGUUCUGCAUGAAUCCUUAAUUGCAUAUUUUCUCUUGAAUUGCAGAGGGUACUUGAACUUGGUUUUGGUAUUGUAAGGUAAAAAUAGUUUAGAAGGUAUAGUUUGACUUUUGAAUUCCUCUUUGCUAUUUUGAUGUCAGCUAGAUUUUCACUGUUCAUGAUUUUGGUCAGUUUAUUUUUUGUUCAUUAUUUCAGAAUUGUUAAAAGCAAAAGUUUUAAUGUCAUUAAAUUGCCCCUAAAUUAAUAUUCGAUAAUACAGUAGUACUAACUUGUUAUUGCUUUUAUGAAAUUCAGCUGUUUAUUGAUGCUAAAGGGUUUCAGUGGUGCUGUAGCUGAUAGUACCUGUAUUUGACCUUUUAUGUAAUAGCUGAAGUGAAAAACAUUAAGUUUCAUGUAAUGGGGCUAUUUCCAAGGGAAGACCUUUUAAUUAAUGUUUAGGUUUGAUACUUUUUUAUUUGGAAGACUUCCCAACCCUUCCAGAAUAGAUGGGAAAAGUUUAUGUCUCCGUUAACUAGUAUACACAAAGGUACAAAACUCAGGAAAAAAAACAAGUUUUAGAAUGAGGAGAAAACUUAGCAUUUGAUGGGUGAAGUAAAAAGUUUCAAGUCUGGUGAAUGAAUGAGUAUAUUUGUCACAAUGGUUCGUAACCGGACAUUUAAAAAAUGAGAAUUAGUGUUGAAAGUCUGGGUGAAUCAUGAGGUGCAAUUACUGGGAAUACUAUGAACAAGGGUAUAAUUUAAUGUUUUGAAUAUGCUUCAAAAGGUAUUAGUUUCAAUGGAAGUUUCUUGGAAUGCUCCAAUAUGUGACACUUAUAUCUUAUUUAGUGUCUUUGUUUAAAUAUUUACUUCAGUUUUAUGGUCUGCAAGACUGUCUCAUUUAGAAAUAUUCAGUCAAUAUAUAAACCUUUUUUAUCAAGUUGUUUUAGUCCUACAAAUGAUGUGAGACUGCAAGAGGAAUUGCAGCUAUGAUAUCAGUGAAAUUGAUCACAUGAAUAUACUAUUUGUGAAUUAUCUAGUUCCAACUGUAGUGAUGCAGUAUUCUCAGAAGCUUUCUCUUUCCAUCUGUCGUUUUAUUCUUAAAAGCACAUCAUAUUUUAUGAUCUGAUUUUUCAAAAAUAGGCUUAGGCUAAGACAACCAUCUUUUAGUUAUGUGAUUUUUUAUAGUAAGAAACUUGUUUAGCUGAAAGAAUAACAAAUAAAGACAUGUUAGUGAUGAAUUUUACUACAUCAUUUCUGCAAUUUCCUUCAUUUUAGCCAUCUUUUUCUGCGCUUUGGUCAGUGUCUUUUUAGCAUAUAUUUUUACAUUAGACUUAAGGGAGGAAAAUGGUACUUCAACCUCAGCAAAUAUUUUGCUGUUUACAUACCACAUAAUCUAAUUUCAGUAUGUAGAAAUGCAGUACAGUAUUGUUAAAUUAUAUAUUUUAGAAAAGUAUCUUCAUUUUAACUGACAAUAAGUGGCAAGUCUUAAUUUAAAUGUAAGUCUCAUUGAAAAUUUAUCAAAAUCUUCAAACUUUUAAAUAAUUUAUUUCAUGUUGAAGAAGCUAGUAACUGCAGACUUUUAUUACCUGUUUUACUGGAGAGCAAAUUCUUUGGGCCAUCCUUCUUGAGAGUUGAGGAUUACUUGAGUGGUCUGCAUUAUACUGUUGUUAUUACGUUUUUUUAUAUGUAUACUGCAUGCUUAUAUGUAUAUCCAAGACCAAAGUUUCUGUAGUGUGCACUACAAGCUUGUAGAUGGCUUUACUUUUUUAUUGUGUUAGGAAUGGUUUUUAGUACAAUGUUGUAUAAUUUGACCUUAUGGGAAAACCUGUGAAUGCUUUAAACCCCUAUGUACAAUUUUUAAUUUAAAAGCAAAGUUGUUGUAGGUACUAUAUGUUUUGCCUAAAAGACAUGCUCGUUAGUGUUAACAGUAUAGUUGUGAAAUUUGAAUUCUCCAGUCUCUUUUCAAUUUUUAUAUUAGUACAGUACCUGUAAUUGAAUAAUUGUGUGACUGUCAGUUAAUGUUGAGUGAAUUUUGUAAGUCCAGAUAGUACUUAUGUCAUGAACAUUGCCCGAGUGUUCUCUUAAUCAUUAGUGGACUUUUUUUCUCUGUUUUGCAGGAAUGUGUUAUUUAACCAUGAAACAAGUUUUGAAAUUUAUUUUACCUUGGAAAACUUCAGGAAGAAAAAAUUAUUGUGAAAAAAAUGUAUUUUGCAGUAAAACAAAGUAAUGGUAAAAUAACCAUGAGAAAAUUUUACCAUUAAUACAUCUUGUCAGUAUGAUGGAGAGCUGCACAUGUAGAGAAGAGAAUUACUGUAAUUCCUGUCAGUUAUGUCAAGAGGAAAAUUAAAAAACUCUCUCACUGUAAUUCCUGUUAGUUAUGUCAAGAGGAAAAUUAAGUCUCUCUCUCUCUCUCUCUCUCUCUCUCUCUCUCUCUCUCUCUCUCUCUCUCUCUCUCUCUCUCUCUCUCUCUCUCUCUACGGUCAGUGUCAUUGGGAAAUUUAUUCAUCUGUGAAUACUGGAUAUUGCCUUGGAAGUUUGUGCUUUGCAACAAAGAUUUUUUGUAGAAAUUAUUUUCCCUUUACAAGCAUGGGAGUGGGUAAAUUAUAACCAAAAGUAAAUGAGAAUUCAGACUAGGCAUAAUAUUUGCUAAGUUAUACAUACUUUUAUUGCAAUGAAAAUAGUUAAUCUCUAGGAAAGACUUUAGUCUUGAACAUAUAACUGUCUGUGAACCAAACUUGAGCAACAAGGUUGUAACACAGCUAUGCAUUUCAUAAAUCAAUUUUGGGUUUAAGCUCCUGUAUCAAAUUGGUAUACUUACACUGAAGUUCUGUAUCAAAUUGGCAGAUCCAAUACUUCUUCCAUGAAUUAGCUGGAUCCUUGUUUUAAGUAAGCAUUAAAGGUACUGAAGAUGCAAAUAUGUAUAGCACCCAGGUCUGCAAUAGAUAUGACUAAAUCAAACAAAAAUUCUUAUUAAGAGUUAUGACAUCACAGAAUUCUUUUAUGAUGAAUGAAUAACAUUAUUUGUGGAAUGAUGAAAAAUCGUAAAAAAGUAGAUUAAAUCCACAACCAAAAUACUGAAAUUUGAAAAUUUUGGAAAAAUUAGAAGUGUAGAAGUGGUGUUAUCUUGCUUGAGAAUUAUCCAGACCCACCCAUUGAACACAUGGGUCUCAAACACCCCUCAUGACCCAGUCCCCAUCUAGAGAGACUGCAUGACUAGCAGUAGGAUUGCUAACAUUUUUCCAUCUGUAGAGAAUGCACGACAAGCUGUAGGAUUGCUAAAAUUCUUAUCUCAAUGGUCAGGUCAGAAUAAAUUUUGUAACACUGUAGCAGAUGUAUUAUAUAGUUACCUAACAAUAUGUAAAGCGUAUUGUGUGAACAACCACAUUUCAAUGAAUAAUGAAUGGCAAGUAUUGGACAGAAAUCCCACUAGGAGCUGUUGUGGCAGACUCUUCAUCACUUUUAGUCUGGCCAGUCAUGAAAGUUUUUUGAAGCUGUAAUUUAUUGGAUAAAGGAUAACUAGUCCAUUCCCCUUAUAAAAGCAAACACAUAAGGCUAACCUUCUGAAAGUAAAAAUGUUUAGCAUGGCAGUCUGGUUAAACUGUUACAGGAUAUCAUGAGUUUGAAUCCAAAGUUAUUUUAUGGAAUGGUGAGGGCUGUGCCAUUGUCGUAGUUAAGGAGUGUACUUAUAUUAAGUAUUAAAAGUGACCUUGCUUAAAGUGAAGAGUACUAGCUCAUCUUAGCAUCAUUUGUAAGUUAUAGUUCAUAAAUUUAAAUCAUUCCUAACCGUAGGUUCCAGAUAUAAUUUAUUGAUUUCAUAUUGUUCAACAGACAUUUUAUCCAAGAAUAUGUUUUUAUAAGUAAUGCACUUAUCUUUAUAAUCCAUGUUUUUUUAUUACCAUAAGUGUUCUGGAGCUGAAAUCUGGAUAUUUAGGUGGUAGUAAGAUAAUUAAGGCAUAGUGAAGUAUCGCUUGUAUGAAGGUUUCAGGUAAUAAGAAUAUUUUUAAGUUUGUACUUCAACAGGUGCUGUAAUGUCAUUACAUCAGUGAGGAUUCCUCUGAAAAGUACUAUGUCCAGUACUAUUUUGCUCAUAUUCGCAGUAUAGCAAUCUACAUUACUCUUGAUUUUAAAUGCACAGAUUUUAAAUGCACAUUCAUGAUAAAGCAAAUCUAAAGGCAAGUUUUUAUUUAACCUUGAUUACAGGUAAAGUACGUUGUAAUGCUGUAUUUGUUAUGGUACUUUUUUCUGUUCUGUAACUUAAUAGCAUUUUGUGACUUUUAUUACCUCUUUAAUAAACAUUGUAAAAAAACAUG